AGAAUAUAGUGACUAAUGCUUGUUCUUCAUCUCUGCUGAAAUUUGAAAAGAAAAAAGUUUGAGGGUAGAAGUAUAGACAGACGAUGUACACUUAAGCAGUGCUUAAAAGAAUAGCCUGAAGGUUGGUGACAGACAUCAGAAUGCUUGUGAUGAGGCACAUUUCUUGGGAGGAGGAAAGAGCUUUAAAUGUAGCAAUUUUCUCUGACAUGAGUGGUGACAGGUCCUGGUUUAAGGCUUCCCCAAGGGCCCUCCCAGACCUGCAAUUCUCUAGGUCACUUCUGUGGGUGACUUCUGUUGCUACCCUUCAGAGCUGGGAGCGAACUAGGCACAGCAAACACCUGCCCUUCCCGGAGCUCCAACAGUGUCAAAGCAGACAAUGCCAGCAGCACAGGACAGCACCUAUUCCACCUGAAGCCUUCACUCAAAGGGGUGCUACAUCCAUUGUGUACAGAUGCAAACAGAAGGGGACCCAGAAGCCUUAUGCUCUCAAAGUGUUAAAGAAAACAGUGGACAAAAAAAUUGUCAGAACUGAGAUAGGAGUUCUUCUUCGCCUCUCACACCCAAACAUUAUAAAACUCAAAGAGAUAUUCGAAACCCCUACAGAAAUCAGUCUGGUCCUAGAACUCGUCACAGGAGGAGAACUGUUUGACAGGAUCGUGGAGAAGGGAUAUUACAGUGAACGAGAUGCCGCAGAUGCCGUGAAACAAAUCCUGGAGGCAGUUGCUUACCUACAUGAAAAUGGGAUUGUCCAUCGUGAUCUCAAACCAGAGAAUCUUCUCUAUGCAACUCCAGCUCCAGAUGCCCCACUCAAAAUCGCGGAUUUUGGACUCUCUAAAAUUGUGGAACAUCAAGUGCUUAUGAAGACAGUGUGUGGGACCCCAGGGUACUGUGCACCUGAAAUUCUUAGAGGCUGUGCCUAUGGACCCGAGGUGGACAUGUGGUCUGUAGGAAUAAUCACCUACAUCUUACUUUGUGGAUUUGAACCAUUCUAUGAUGAAAGAGGCGAUCAGUUCAUGUUCAGGAGGAUUCUGAAUUGUGAAUAUUACUUUAUCUCCCCCUGGUGGGAUGAAGUAUCUCUAAAUGCCAAGGACUUGGUCAGAAAAUUAAUUGUUUUGGAUCCUAAGAAACGGCUGACUACCUUCCAAGCUCUCCAGCACCCGUGGGUCACAGGUAAAGCAGCCAAUUUUGUACACAUGGACACGGCUCAAAAGAAGCUCCAAGAAUUCAAUGCCCGGCGCAAGCUUAAGGCAGCAGUAAAGGCCGUGGUGGCCUCUUCCCGGUUGGGCAGUGCCAGCAGCAGCCAUGGAAGCAUCCAGGAGAGCCAGAAGGCCAGCAGAGAGCCAUCUCCAACCCAGGAGGGCAAUGAGGAUGUUAACGCCAUUCCAAGAGGAGAAGAAGUUCAAGGAGAUGGGGCCCAAGUGGCAGUUAUGGGGACAGAGGUUGAGCCGAUGAAGGUGCAGGCCACCGAGGCAGCGGAAGGCGCUGAUAGAAAUGCUGCUGAGGCCCCCAGGCUGGUGCCCGAGGUACUGGAGGAUGGGAGAAAGGUGCCCAGCCUGGAAAUAGAGGAGGGCCUCGUGGAGGAGCAGCUGAAGACUGUGGAGCAAGCAGCAUCCCCCAAAGAAGGGCAAGAAAACCCUGCUCUGGGAUUUGGAGCUCAGCAGAAUGAUGUUAUCCUGCCAGAGUACUAAGCUGGCUUCCUUCCAUCGGGAAGCCAAAGCCUGGCACUGUAUGCAUUUUGUCCUUCAGCAAGGAAGGUGUGGAAGCAUGAUGUGCACUCUAGUGAUUCUGUUUUUGAGGUGCAAAAAAAAAUACAUAUAUAUAUCAGUUGGUAAUCCUAACUUCAAUGCAUGUGACUGCUUUAUGAAAAAAACAGUGUCUUCUGUGGUAUGUAAUGGAUACCUAAUACUGAUGAGUUUAAUUUGAAAUUGCAAGUAAAUGCAACAUAACAUUUAAAAACAUAACAUCUUCAGGGACCAGUAGCACACAUUUAAAGUAACUAGUUACAAAUUGUUUUUUCUUUGAAAACCUAGCUGUCCUACAUCCUAUGGAUUUCUUCUCAAGGCAGUAACUCCUUUGGACUAUGACUGCUCAGCUAAUAUGAGGCAGCGCUCUAAGACAUGUGCCCAUGACAUGCGCAGCAUUUUACUUUUCAUUAAUCUGUUCAAACUGUUUACAAGAGAUGGGUACAGGUUGUAUAGGUUGCGGUUGUAUGGUAUGUGCAAAAAAAAGUCCACUUAUAAUAAUAAGAAAUUGAAGCACACUUUAAGGGCUAUGAAUCCAUAUGCCCCUAAAGCUUGUGUGGAGAAUGCUUUUUUAUUUUGUCCUUAUUUAUGCACAUAAGUUGCUAAUAACCAAAAACAUUCUAUCAAGAAAUUCUGGAGAAAGUAUUUUACAAAGUCAUGCUGAGGAAUGUCACCCUUCCCUCACAUGCUCUCUAAUAAAAUGUCCUGUUGGGACAACACUUAAGACAAAGGAAGUUAGGGAAGAAAAGGAGAGAAGACUGGGCCUUACACUAGCAAGGCUGACUCCUUGUCAUUUAUAGAUGAAACUGUAUUUACUCAUGAGUUUGUAAAACUUUAAAGACAGGAACAUUUUCUGGAUAAACUCUAUAGUUACCAAGUUUCAAUCAUCUACCGAAAUCCACCCCCACAGGCUGUUGCUGAAAUAUCUUAAAUCUAAAUAGAGUGGCAAUACUAUUCCAUUACAAGAUUAUUCAUUAUUGACUUUACUAGAGUAAGAAGGCACUUUUAUUUAUAAAAGUCCUUUUUCCUUCCAUUUAUGGUUGUCUAGAUAUACUACUUACGAACUAAAGAUAUUUCUGAAAAGCUAGUAUAACUUUUUCUCAUGCUUAAAAUGGAAGUGACCACAUUUUACAAUGUAAUUUUUAUAAGUUUCCAUAUCAAGUAAUUCAGAACAGUGGAAUUUUUUUAUUUACCUUAAAAAACGAAAAAAGAAACAAAGAAAAAAAAUGCUGAUUUCAAGUCAAACUCCUGAGAAGCUGUUACAUUAGACCUAAAACUUUACUAUUUUUCCCAAUAUGUUUUAAUUUGAUUUUCAUAUGAACUUUUCUCUUACAGAAAUCACACUUAAAUUCCAAGUACCUAAGAUGUAUUUCUAGUUUUAGUUGAAAUGCACAUUUUUUAUCAAAUUACUUAUGCAUCACAUUUACUCGGAUUUCUUAAUUUUAAAAAAAGAUUAUUUUCAAAGACCAAAAUGAUAAAUGAUAAAAGUAGCCCAUAAAAAUCCUCAUAAAAAAAAAGAGAAAUUCUUUUGACUCUGCCUCCAAACUCUUCCAUUGGAAAAUUAAAUUAAAUCUCUGAUCUCUGGAGGCUGUUUGUUGUUCGUUAGGUGUUCUGCUUCUCUGACAUAAACUUCCUUUCCCACCACUCCUGAGAAGAAAGCAAGGCCUCACCUGGACUCAGAGGAUGAUCAUUUUUUGUUUUAUUCUCAUUAACUAGCAGAGUACUUAUCCUCUCCUUCCCUGUUUCUUUCCCUCCUCCUUUAUUCUCUCUCAGAAUUCCUCUUUGAGCUAUUAUAAAAAGCUCACUAUUUUUAACCUUUAAAAAUGCCUUUUUCACCAAGCUUCAGAUUUACAUUAAAAAAAGACCAAUUUCCUGGUGUAUUUUUCCCAAGGAGAAUUAACAGGUAUAUGUGGUAAGUGUCCCAUAUAUUGGAAAAGGGAAGAGGGGUUCAGGGACCUUAUUAGAAAGUGGCAAUUAGGUGAAAGAUCAGAACAUAUCUUCCCUCCCAGCCAAGCCCACAUUGUUCCAAGGGUGUUUUGUCAUCCCGACGCACAUGCUGACUGCACUGGUCAGCCUCAUGGACGAUAGGAACAGCUUUGCAAGUGCCAGGGCCCAUGUGUGUCUAAGAAAGUACCCAUUAAAUGAGUACACAUGCCUAUCUCGUGGUGAGUACUUGGUGUAGGGAUAAUUUCCUGUUUGUUUUUUUUAAUGUGUAAAUUGUACUUCCUAAAAAUCAAUGGGAGGUUUAAAUUUUGACUUGUAUAUUAAAGAUUAAGUCCUAGUGACUAAUUUAGUUAUUUCAGUGGAAAACAAGUCCAACUUUCACAAGAACUGGUCUUUUCAACUAAACGAGUCAAUCUCAGAUUUCAUUGAAAUGCAGCUUCUGAAUAAUUAGGUUAACAUUUUGAAAGAACAGCAAACAUUUAUAUUGUUUGCUAAAAUGGAAUAUAUUAUCUAUCUCAAAAACUAGCUAAAUAACAGUAGACUAUUGCAGAUAGAACCUUAACUUGACAGACGGACCAUCUUGAAUUAUUUCCCCCAUUUAGAAAGUCUAAUUAGAAUUCUAGUGGUUUUUCUCACACUUGAAGAGCUCACUCAUGCCACAAAUACAUAAAUAAGGUAGAAAUUAGAAUAAUACGGUUAUGGAAGUUACAGUCUAGGACAAGUACUAUCUAAUAUAAAUUUAAUGCAAGCCAUAUAUGUAACUUCAAAUUUUCUCUUAGCCCUAUUUUAAAAAGUAAAAGGUGAAAUUAACUAUAUAUUUAAUCCAAUAUAUCUAAACUAUUAUUCCAAUAUAUGAUCAAUGUGAAAAAUGAAUGAUGUAUUUUUAAUUUUUAUACGAAGUUUUCAAAAUGGGGAGUACAAGUUUUCCCUACAGUACAUCAAGCGCUCAUAAUCACAUGUGUCCUAGAGUACUUUUUAAGCAAAGUGACACAUGAAUAACUAUGCUUAGAUUUGAGCUGCCUCAGUUUUCCACACUGAUGAGUUGGUAGAAGGCCAAAAGAAAAUGUUUCAGAAAUGUCACAGACAGAAAUAACUAAACACUCUGUUGGCCACUUCUGCUCAUUCAUGUGCUUCAGAGAAGGAGCAUUUCCCAGCAUGACUUGUAGAGAAGAGGACUUUCCCGGGCAUUGCUAAACUGUCGGCCACAGUCCCUCUAAUCCUUCUUUGGGCCCGGGGAAUCUUGACUGCAAGCUUGACCUCCUGAGUACUGCCAUGAAGCCAGGAGCAUUCUCACACACCAGAAUUUGCUGUGGGUGAACCGUGUGUCCUGUCCCGACACAGAAAGGACUGCACACAGAAUCUCAAUACGACUUUGUAGUCCUGGACAAGGCUGGACACCAUCCUUGUGCUGCAGCAAGUAUUUCUUUCUAGAAACAUACUGAGACAUACCAAAUUUGCAUGAUGAAGUUAUAUGAUGAUGAUGAUGACAGCAUCCCAUUAACCUCAAAAAUGGGAGUAUGACUAUCAGCUGGCAUUUUUUAGAUUUCCUUAGAAAGGUUUAAUCAACACUGCCAUUCCACGUGGAUUCAAAAGACUUUUGGAAUUUUCUUACACACUGCUAUUUUAGAAUAGUCCUCAAGGUUCUAUAGCCGUUUUUAAUGGCAAACUUUUAAAAAAAGAAACAGUUUGCCUUUUACUGUGACCUCAGUUACACGGUAUUUUAAAUAUAUUUUGUAAUUUAGAAUGUCUAGCAACCCCUAUUUCCAGUUUCACAUGCAUGGUAACUGCUGGUGGGUAGCCUACAGCCUGAAGAUUUGAAGGUAUUUCUUUGCGUAAUUCAAUUUUUAUUUCACAGAAGCAUCUGGUUGCAUUUUAAAUUGGAAAAAACAGAAGUAAAGGCCAGAAAAGGCAAAGAAUAAAAUUAGUAAACCAUUUAUUCCAUUUUAGGAUUGUUAUUGCAAAGGAAAUGAAAAAAAAAAGUCAAUGAAGUGAAUCAGCACUAGGUUUUUCUUGAUGGCUGACGCCACAUGUCAUUGACAUAAAUAUGCUGAGCAGAGCCAGUUACAUAACUACAAUGCCAUUAUGUAAUUUACUUGUCAUUGCAGAGUAUUGGUCUGGUUCUGUAGGUCUACUUUAGAUCUUGCAAAGUUUCCAGACAUUUACUACAUAAUAGGAUUUGUAACAUCCUUGUAAUUACUGCUUAUUAGGUCAUAUUCCAAUUUCCUUAAUAUUCAUCUCUGAUAUGUUCCUGAACAAGGUCACUGCUAACAUUUGAGCAUUUACUAGCUAAAUGCUGCUUAAUGGUUAGACUCUCUCUGUAUCUUUAAUGUUUUUUUAAAAAGACAUUUAUGCACAUGGAAUCUCGAUAUUGGUGUUUUAAUAUUCCUAACUACAUGAUAAGCAGAAAUGUACCUAAUAAUUUUCCAUAAUUUUUUUUCAAAGUUUUUUUAUUCCCCUGGCAACUCAGGGUGAAUUUCUGGGUCUUUGACAAAAAUAGAAGAAAAAAACACCACUGGGGAGAGAUCAGCUACUCACUUUUGGUAACCAAAUUCAGUAUUUCCUCUUCUAUAUUCUGAUCUCCUAAGGCUCAUUUUUGUCAUUAUUACUCCUUUCAGAUAUCACCUGAGAUCAGAUAAUAUAAUCUCAGCCCAUAAACCCCAAACAUUUGUAUACUUAUCUUGGAGAGCAAUAACAAAUUUGACUAAUUUAUGUGUGCUUGUUUGAAAUUCCUAUUUUCAUAAACAUUUGUGAUGUACUCUAGAGAACUGGAUAGCCUGAUUUCGGUCAAGACUCAGCCCUUUGCAUGCCUUGGGGCCCAGAGGUCCACUAGGGCAAGAUGGAAGCCUUGCCAGGAGGGUGGACCGUCUGACUCCUUCGCAGGAGUCGAGUAAAAGAAGACCUCUUCCUCCACUCUGAUCGAAAGAGAUACUGUUUGAAUUAUGAUAUAUUGCUAUUAUUCAGUAAUGGAAAAAUGGGAUUCCACCAAUCAUUAGCUGUUCCCAGCAUCUUGGUUUGCUACCACUUGUCCCAGAUCAGUAUUCUGUUUGUUGUUCUGCCCAUCAGGCCACCUCAAGGACUGUGAGAUCCCCUAAAACCCUGGAAGGAACAUCCCAGGCUGGUUGGAGAAACAUGGGGCCGUUGCCCAGGAUUUGGCUGAAACUCUGAACAGGGAUGCUGAGACUGCAAAAUCAAACUAUUCUUAAGUUGUUUUCAGCACAUUUUGAAGAUUGACCUGGAAAACCCAUGGAUAUGGAAUAGUUAUGUCUAUGUACUCUUGCUGUGAUUCAUUGUUUGAAAAUGACAGAUAUUUAAUCUUCAGCCAGAUUAAAUAUUUAUUUUCCAUUUAAAAGAUUAUUUCGGGCUAUUCAAGUAUAAGAGUUUCACAUUAGAAUAUUUGAAAGCUGUUGUUUUUGAAGUGCUUUCAUUCUGUCAACCAGUUGUGGAUGAUAAAAUCUUACUAGGUUUGUCCGUUCUCUGUCCUUUCCUUGAUACCUGUACAUUAGUGUACCUAGUUUGUAAGGGAUAGAAGUUAAGUAUGCCUGAAAAUUGAAAACUGUUCUCUCUUAACUGCCUCCUUUUAACCUGACCUAUUUUAUAGUCUGUCAUGCAGCCAAUAUACAGUAGCAUAGAGUACAGACAGUAAAUUCAUGAGCUAUGAUUUUGUUUACAUUUUCGUCAAGGUUAUGACUUAUGUUAGAAGUCCCCAAGGUGUUUCUAUUUGCGUACCCUUAGUCUUGCUAAUAUUUUCAUAGUGCCCUCUGCAGCCAAAAGAAUUAAGUAACUUGCCCAUUUAUAAGUAGGUCCAAACUACAGAAUAGUACUGUAUUUCACGUCCAACAGGUGUUGCUGUGUUUCCCUUGAAAUGUUUAAACUUCCUGGGUUCACUGAAUGCAAACAGCAAACAGAGGUUUAAGUAAUUCCUUAUGCCCAAUGAACUAAGGGUAUGAGGAAAAAGGGAUUAUUAGUAAGCAAGUUACGACUAAUGUUUAUACUCUUUCUUAUUUGAAUGCCAACCAUUCUUUUUACUUACAGUCUUUGUGAUAUAUGCAUAAAACUUAUAUGUGCAUUUUUAAAAAGUAAUUUCCAUAUAAUUACCCAAGGAAAUAAAUUUAAAUCUCCAAAGACCAGUUUUCAGGAGUCAGGCAAACUAUGGUUCACAGACCAAAUCCACUAGGCCUCUACCUGUUUUUAUAAAUAAAGCUUUAUUAGAACACAACCAUGCUCAUUUAUUUACUUAUUGGCUGGUUGUUUUCAUGCUUCUAGGCAGAGCUGAGUUUCAUCCGAGACUGUAUGGCCCAGCAAAGCCUAAAAUGUCUAUCUGGCCCUUACAGAAAAAAAUUGAUGAGCCUAGUUUUUCAUGGCAUCCCAUGCCUUUUUGGUGACAUCUAGGAAUACAGAUUCCCAUACUUCAAAUUUCUUUAGGUUAAGGUUCUUAUUUCCAUUUGCUUCUUAGGAAGUUAGGAGAGCUUUGUUUCUGCUGCAAAUGAUCUCACACUAGUCAUUGUGCUGGACAUGUAUAAAAGUUAGUAAAAUUUCUCUACAAAACCGAAAAUUCAAAAUUGCAUCAUUUCUGAAAAAAGAAAUUGAGUAUGAAUUAACUUGGCUAAGAGAGAAGAAUUAAAAAGAUUCCUAGCACUUUGAGCAUGUUUUAGAAAUUUGACCCUUAUAUUUAAAAUUAUGUAAAUGACUUCUUACAUUGGUAUUUGCUUACAUUUAAGUCAUUCUGCAGCUGUUACUUAUUAAGCUAAGAAAUAAGAAAGCCCUUUGGUUCUGAAUCCUUCAGUAUAUUCUCAAGUAAUUUACAGCAAUUGGAUUUUCACUUAAUCAUUUUAGGAAAUAACAUGCUUUAUUAUGUGGCAUUCUGUGACAAUGACGUGCUCAUCAAAUAGCUCAGGGAACAGGCAAAUAGCCAAUUCUAUUAUGGAAUAAGGUACUUUCCAAUCCCCAUGUUUCUCUGAGUAUUCUUUGCAAAGAGAGGGCCUUGAGUAAAUGCUUUCCUUUACUUUUCUUACAUAUUUAGAAACCCAAGAAGAGUCCUUCUUUUAGUCUAUUUCUGUCACAGAGAAAUUACUUAUUCCACAAUAUCUGCCUUAAGGGAAACAGGUGACCCAGAUAUUGAGAAAUGUAGGCAUGUAUGACCUUUGUGUUUUUGAACAUCUAUAGCCAAGAGGUUACAAAUGAGAUAUUGAAAGGAAGAGCUCUUAUCAGCUUAUUAGUUAUACCUAAAAUGACAUCAUGAUUCUAAUUAAAUAAUAUACUAUUUUCCUUAAACUGUAGCAAAAAUUAGUAUGGUGUAGCUACUGGGAUACACUAUGAGCUUGGGGAAGAAAUGAAUAGUCUGCCAGCUCCUCAUGGUUGCUGUGUGUAGGAAGACUCUGGAAUGGGACAGGGAAAAGUUAUAUGAGGAUCAUGCCCUCCUAUCCAUUUUUGAUUGCUCAAAGUUUGAAGGCAGUUGUUAAAGGGCUUAAAUUAACAUUUCUUCGUUUCUCUCAAUAUCUGGGUCACCUGCUUCCCUUAGAAGUGAAUAGACCAAAGUCAAUAGCUAAUUUUCCUCUCAGACCAAAAUUAAACAGUGUAGCUUAGGGGAUAGUAAGCCUACAUCACAAGCACACUUUAAGGAAAUGACUUAUUAAUUUUGAAGCUUCCCAGGGGUAGCCCAUCCCAGGAACCCAUUUUCUCAGCAAACUUUCACAGAGAAACAGGUGCAAUAAAGGAGUCAGAGAUGAGUUAAAUCCAGUGCUACUCUCUAGAAGUGAGCUUUGUAGUUGGGGAGAAAAAACAAGGAUACAUAUAAAUAGCCUGUAUUAAAUCUAGGCAGAUAGUAAGUCCUCUAGGGAUGGAAAGAAGGAAAAGCUCCCCUUCACCUGGAAUGCUCAGGGAAAGCUUCACUGGAACACAGGCCGGGUUUGAAGGAUGGGGAGAAUCUGCAGGUAGGGAGGAGGAAGGGGGCAUGUGCUGUCUGGCUGGGAAAUCCACAGAGCAUCUAUAGAGUGGAGAAAUGCAAGACAAAGUGAAGGAACACACUGGGUGUGAAAAGCUACAGUCUACAGGGAGGUGUUGCUCAGUCUGCAGAAGAAUUUCAAAUCUUGUGCAAAGGUGAAUGAGACCACCUUGCUGCUUUCUUACUGUGGGUAGACGUGCAGCAUUUCCUCAGAGCAUCUAGACCUCUCUGAUCUCCUACAUCCUUGGCUAAUUUGGGGCAUCCCAAAGCAGAGUAAAACUCACCCAUCACGGAAAGACAAUUUUGCAAAUCACUAACUGAAGCAAGCCUCAGUCAGUAAAAAUGCAUUAGUCAGGUCUCUGCUGACAAAGUACAUCAACAAUGUUAGUGACUAUCUGAGUAAGUUUUGCAAAACUCCAAUAUCUGAGUUAAGGCCCUAUGACUCUAGAAAAUCACCUUACUUGCUAAAAUUUUGCCAGUGGAGGCUCAUGCCAAGGUUACUUCCGUCACAGUUACUUUAACCCUUUAAAUUAUCUGACCUGAAAGGACAAUCCUGCAGGGAUUGAGAUGGAAUUAUAGCUGAAAGCUUAGAUUUCAAAAGGUAACCUGUACAAAAAAGCUAAGUCUCAGACAACAAAAUUUAGAAUUUUCAGAGUUGUUUUCCCCAAACAUCAAGCUGGUCCUGUCAAGUCCUUUCUUCUACAUCCCUCCCUUUUGCCCUUUUACAUUUCCUUCUAUAAAGUCCUUUUUUAUAUCACUCAUUGCAGGCAGUAUUUUACAUCCAUCUUCAAGAAACGUGUUUUUUAAAAACACUGAGAUCAGAUUGCAGUAUAUCUGCUUUUAGUUGUCUUGCCACUUUGUUUCUUUCAGAUAAAGUAUGUGAUUAGUGAAUAGCUGCAUUACUCCUCAGGGCAAAUGAAAUGAAGGGGGACAAAGGCUGACUAUCAUGAGUGAUGUAAGAGAGGCUAAAGACAGAGCCUGUGAAGGUACAGAAAACACAAGUGAGCAGGCUUUGCCAAAGGAAUGCUUCCCACUAAGGUUUUCCAGGCUUGUGAUGGUAUUUGGCAUAUUUGUUCUAGUUUUUCCUAGAGGAGAAAUUUGUAUUCUUGGACUGUUGAAUGUUAUGUGCAGUGAAGGAGUAAGAGGUGAGCUAAAUCCAGUGCCACUGUCUGGGAGUGAGCUUUGUCGUUGGAGAGAACAAGUAUACAUGUACAGAGCCUGUGCUAAAUCUAGGCAGGUACUGAGUCCUCUAGGGAUGGAAAGCAGGAAAAGCUCCCUUCCAGCUGGAAUGAUCAAGGAAAGCUUCACGGGAACACAGGCUGGGUUUGAAGGAUGGAAAGAAUCUGCAGAUCAAUUAAGCAACAAGUUGCAGCAGAGGGUUAGAUGGAAGGGCUACCACUGCAUCCAGGAAACCUAAGCCCUAGGAGUUCAGACUGUAAGUCAUUAGCCAAAAACAAGUGCAUGUAGGAUUUGGAAGACAAAGUAUAAAUAUUUCAGUUUACACAGCCAAGAUCAUAGGCUACCUUCCCAACUCCUGAUUGAAAAGUGUUGAAAAAGGAGCUGUGAAUAUUUCAUUUUUAAAACCUAUCAAAAUGGUGCUAUUUACUUUCCUUAAUAUGAAGAUAUAUUAGUGUUUUUUAGGUAAACAUGUUAAGUCUGAUCUGGCUAUAAAUAUAAAUACAGAAAAUGUUUGUAGAGAAUUCAUCAAAGUCAUGCCCAUUCACUUUUGAUUGAGCUACCAUAUUCUUCCAACAGCGGUAACUGGUAACAAAUCCCUACUUCCUACAGAUGGGACACAACGGUCACUGGCUCUCAGCUGCCCAGAGCCUGGGGCAGACAACAGGAGAGCCACAGACAACUGUGGCUUCUUCUUGGACUCGGGUUGGAUAAGCCAAUUAAAUGACUAAACAUGCUCACUUUUUGGUGUCUCCCAGGAACAGAAAGUUAGAAGGUGUGACAUGAGGCAAAAUGGAUGUUGGUAGACUGCUGUAACAGACCUCAGCAAGGGCCAGUUGCGCUGUGUAAGUCUGCCCCAAUGUGUGAGAGCAUGCCAGAAGCAGCAUACACCUUACUGCUGGGAAAUGUGUAAAGCUAUUUGCAUGUACAGUAUAAUAAAUCAUCCAAGAGCCCA